UUUUGUAAUUUUAUGAGGUCUUCAAUUAUGUUGUACCUAUGAUAAUGUCUGUCUUGUAGUCCCACAUGAAAGAUGUGAGUUUGUACAAUGAAGUGCACAAAUGAAACAAGAAAGAGGAAAAUUCCCAGUUAGUUCCUCUUCGUUUGAAAGAUUAAGCUCUUAAAUGUCCCCUCACGUGUGGGCUAUAGCCAUAUGUAUUCCAGCUUCAUAAAUGGGUUCAUCUUAAGUUGAUCCUAAACUUAUACGUUCUUUGAGUGCCUUGGACUAAACCUAUCCUUUCUUUCACUUAAUAUCUUACUUCUGAGAAACUGUUUUCGAGUUUAAUGUCAGUAUGAAAAUCCAUACAUUUCUGUUGUUCAUUUCUAUUCUGAAAUGCACUUGUCAAGAAUUUGAUCCUCCAGAUAACUAUCUAAUAGACUGUGGGUCGACAGAAAAUACACGAGUAGAUGAUCGGCCUUUCUUGGCUGAUAACUUGAAUUCUAGCAUUCUGUCAACCCCAGAAAUCAUUUUUGUCAAAACUUCAGAUUCUCCUUCAUCCAUUUAUAAUUCAUCUCUGUACAAAACUGCCAGAAUUUUGAAUGGUUCCUCAAAUUACAGCUUUCCAAUGAAGCAAAGGGAUUGGCACUUGAUUCGUUUGCACUUUUUUUCUUUUGUCAGUGAAACGUUUGAUCUUUCAAGUGCUAAAUUUUCUGUUUCUGCUCAAAAAUUUAUUCUUUUAAAGAGCUUUCGACCACCACAUGGUCCGGUUGUCAAGGAAUACUCCGUCAAUGUAACUACUGAUAAUCUAGUCCUUACCUUUACUCCUUCUCCCGGUUCAUUUGCAUUUUUAAAUGCUUUGGAAAUCAUUUCACUUCCCGGUCAGGUUAUCCCGGAUGGCACUCCUGCUGUAAAUUCUCAACAGCCUUAUACCAGUGUGGAGGCACAAGCACUAGAAACAGUUUGGAGAGUGAAUAUGGGGAAUGAGACUGUGUUCCCUCGGAAUGAUAAAUUAUCGCGUUAUUGGCUGUCUGAUAGAGAGCGUUUGAUCAAUAGUAAUCUUGUUGAGUUCGUGUCAAAUGUUCAGGCUGUAAAUGAGACGAGGGGAUAUAGUGAAUUUAUUGCUCCUCGUUCUGUCUAUGGUACUGCCACUAAGCUGCAUUCACAGCCUGAUCCGAACACUAUAAUUAAUGUAACUUGGUCAUUUGGUGUUGAUAAUGGUUUUGAUUAUGUUAUCCGGUUUCAUUUUUGCGAUAUAGCAAACCGUAGUCCUGGUCCUCUUAUCUUCAAUGUUUUUCUCAAUUCUGGAGUGGCUCUUAGAGAUCUAGAUCUCAGCAGUAAGACAUCAAAUGUUUUGGGAGCUCCAUAUUAUGUGGAUGUCAUCACUAGAAUAAACGAUAUACACAAUCUUAGCGUAAGUAUUGGUAGUUCAUCUGUGAAAAAUGCAUAUCCUGAUGGAAUUCUUAAUGGACUCGAGAUCAUGAAGAUAAGCAAUUCUAAGGGCAGUCUUGAUCCUGCAGAUGCUGAGGCCCAGACGACUAAACCGGCUUCCAAGACUAAAGUGUGGUUGAUUGUGGGGUUGGCUAUUGGAUCAUUGUUGAUUUUCAUUGUUUUGGCAUUUCUUUUGGUUGUGAUGAUCAGACGAAGAAGAAGGGACAACGCCGUUCACUCAGGAGAGGACCAUUCUAUCAUAAUGAAUCAAGAAAGUUCUGAGAAUAGUAAAUAUCCCCAAAUAGGUUACCGGUUCCCUCUCAUGGCAGUUCAAGAAGCAACAGAUAAUUUUAGUGAAAAUCUGCUUAUUGGUAUUGGAGGUUUUGGGAAAGUCUACAAGGGAUCUUUGAAGGAUAACACAACGUUUGCAGUGAAGAGAGGAAUUUGUCAAUCUCAGCAGGGCCAUAAAGAUUUUAGGAAUGAAAUCGAAAUGUUAUCUCAAUUUCGUCAUCGCCAUUUAGUUUCUUUAAUAGGAUACUGUGACGAGAAGGAUGAAAUGAUCAUAAUCUAUGAGUACAUGGAGAAUGGUACCCUUAGGGAUCAUCUUUAUGGAACAAAUCUUCCAAAAUUGAAUUGGAAACAGAGGCUUGAAAUCUGCAUUGGAUCAGCAAGAGGGAUUCACUAUUUGCAUACAGGUUCUGCUAACGCGAUCAUUCAUCGCGAUGUGAAGUCUGCAAAUAUACUUCUUGACGAGAAUAUGAAGGCCAAAGUUGGUGAUUUCGGAAUUUCAAAAACUGGUCCGGAGAUAGACCAAACACAUGUUAGUACAGCAGUAAAAGGAAGUUUUGGUUAUCUCGAUCCUGAAUAUUUGGCAACACGAAAGCUCACUGAGAAAUCUGAUGUCUACUCUUUUGGUGUAGUUAUGCUCGAAGUCAUCUGUGGGAGGCCAGUUAUUGAUCCAUCACUUCCAAGGGAAAUGGUAAAUUUAAUUGAAUGGGCACUGAAAUGGCUAAGCCGAGGAAGGUUGGACAAAAUUUUAGACCCUCAUCUUGUCGAUGAAAUUGAACAGGAGUCGAUGCAAAAAUUUGGGGAGACGGCUGAGAAAUGCUUGGCCGAGCAGGUUGGUGACAGACCAUCAAUGGGAGACGUAUUGUGGAAUUUGGAAAAUGCCCUUCAGAUUCUGGAAAAUCAUCAGAGACUAAAGGAAAGGAAUGAAGUGGAGCAGAGUGUGUCCAUUGCACAAUACAGCAUGGGAAGUUUAGGCGACCUUGAGAAUGUUCCAAUGAGUAAGGUUUUCUCGAAAAUGGUGAAGGCCGAAAUCAGUUAAAAAGUUUGAUCAAAUUUCCAUCAUAUGCACUUGUGGGAGUUUAGUGAAUGAAGCCAUGAAUAUUUUGCAUGUAAUUUGUCCAUACAUUUCUGCUCCAGUUUUUAUUGAUGUACUAUAGAAUGGAAGUUGUGUUAUGUUUUGUUCAUCUAGUUGUCAAAUAUAUGUUGUUGACGAUGUAGAUUGUCACUUUUUGUCUAAAAUCUUAUUUGCUUUUA